GUUAUGCUAUAGAGGACAAGUUGAAAAUUCACAUUGAUAUUGGGCUUUUCAUUUGGGAAAUAAUCAUUAAUAAUCACAAUAAAAUUAAAACAUAAACAAACUUUUCUGUUACCAAGCAGAGUGUUGUCCCACUCAGUGUUGGCAGUGGGACAGAUUUGCAGUAUAUAUGUCAGUGCUGACGUUAAACUGGCUCCGAGGUUGAUGCUGUAACACAGGUGAAGCUUGAUACUGCCAGUUAAUAGCCUUUAAUGCUGACCAGCCAACUGGGAGGUUGCCAGUGGUGAGUAACUGUCCUAAUUGCAGAUAUUUUUAGAUGUGUUGGCUUCUACUUUUGACAAACUUUCACCUAUUACUGUACAACUUUUUAUUACUGCCUGCUAAAUAAAUAUAUACAUCGUAUUUAGUGUUGCAAAGCAACGUAAGGCAUUAUAACUUUAUCAUAUCAUUGUGUUAGACAUCCACACCUCAUCUUCUCCCCAAGCAGAAAAACAUUUCAGAAGUGACCACAAAUCCUUUCUUGCUCUAGCUCUAGGUCAGAUGUCAGGGAUUGUUCUGUCGAGAGGAGGGGGUAAUUCAUUUGGCCAUGGCGCUCACAGGAUGAUGAUGAUGGUAAUUGGCUUGGGUGGGAUGGGGUGGAGCAUUAGUAAUCCAAUAGAUGGACUCACUUAGAAUAUAUAUAUAUAUAGCCAAGAAAAUCCGGCCCCAAAAAUAAGACAUGAAUGAUAAUCAUACAGUGUUGGGCUACCAAUUUGGUUAACUGCAUGUAUGCUUCAAUCUGUCCUGUGUCAAUAUGCAGUACACACCCAUGUGCAUAUUUGUAACACAUGGACUUAUAUGCCCUAACCUCCGAGCUAAAUUAGCCAGAAACAGUUAAGAUAAUCAAGAUAAUACUUGCAGACACAAAUAAAACAGACUGAUGACGUAAAUGUGUCAGCCAGCGUCAUGAAGUAAGUUUGAUCUACUAGUUACUGUGACCCCUCCUGUAGGGUGAUGGCUGUUGACAAUAAAGAUGCAGGCAGCCCAAAAGACUGGGCCUGACAAGAGACUGGGUAGAGACAGAGUGUGCAUGAUUUUGUCGGUCAAUAUGUAAAACAGGAUAGUAUUUGGCCGCCCAACAAUAAAACAUAAUUUUACAGAGUAAGGAAUGAGAGGCAACACUUAAAAAAAAAACAAGCUAGUGACAGAAGAGUCAGUGAAAGGAGGAUGAUAUGAAAGCUCAUGUAGGACAGGAAGGAGGUCAUUAGCGAACGUAAGGAGAAGGCCAGCAGUGAUGAUUGUGUGAGGGGCGUAGGUGGGAAUCGAGUUGAGGUGGGUGGAAGAGGGAGUUAAACUGCCUGGACAGAUGGUUCUCUAGAAUUGGAUCAGUGUUCAACUUAACCUAUUGAAAGGCCACUACUGAAAUAGCAGACAUACUGCUGGAGAACAUAAAGCUAGCUCGGAAAACCCACCUGAGGUCUUGUUUCCCAGAACGUGUUCGCUAAUCUGUUGGAUGGUAUAGAAGAAGAAGAAUAGAAUAGAAUAAAUCAAAGUUUUUAUGAUUCUGCAGCACUCAAAUACUUCUCAGUUUCAGAAAGUGGUUGUAACUACAAGGAUAUAGUGAAAUGCAUUGAACCCCUGUUGAUUGAUUAAUAUUUGAGUUAUUAAGUAAGAAUAAUUCUUGGACACCACAAGGCACUAACUUAGAAUUCCUAAUGUUUAUGAAUAAUAAUAACAACAGGGGAAUGAACUCAACAUGGUCAUAUACUGUGGAUCUUUCUAGAUGUCUAGUCCCAAUAGAGAAAAUUAGGAUGCAGGGGUUCAUUUUAGUCAAGAGCUCAGCCACCUUAAAUCCCGCAUUAACAGAAUUAACCCAGUCGUCCAUGGUAGGAGUGUGUUCCCCCCUGCCCUCCUUAUCUCUCAGUGACUCGCUGUCAAGACAGACACACUCAAUUCUCCAGCCAUCAUCUGCUCACACAACACACAGUCACUUGCAGGGUUUCCUUUGGCCUCUAAAAUCAACAGGAGAGAAAACAGGAGAAGAAAAACUCAGGUGGCAAAUAUUUGCCGGGGAGUUUAUCAGGACUGACACUCUACUAAGACACUCAAAGCAACUACAAUGGGAAAUUCAACCAGUAGCGCAUUAUCAAAGGAGAUCCUGGAGGACCUGAAGCUCAGCACCAUAUUCACUGAACAUGAGAUCAGCCAGUGGUAUGAGAACUUCCAGAAGCAGUGCCCGACGGGGCGCAUAACACCGGAAGAGUUUGAGCAGAUCUACACCCGCUUCUUUCCUGAGAGCGAUGCCAAGAGCUACGCACGGCAUGUGUUUCGCUCCUUUGACACCAAUGAUGAUGGCACUUUGGACUUCAAGGAGUACAUCAUUGCACUGCACAUGACCUCCACUGGGAAGACAACCCGAAAACUGGAGUGGGCCUUCUCACUGUUUGAUGUAGACAAGAACGGAUACAUCAACAAGACAGAAGUGACAGAGAUCUGCCAGGCCAUAUUUAAGCUGAUCCCCAAGGAGGAGCAGAGCAAGCUACCAGAGGAUGAGAACACACCCGAGAAGAGAGCCAACAAGCUGUGGUCUUACUUCGAAAAGAAAGACAACGAGCGACUGGCUGAAGGAGAGUUCAUCCAAGGAGUGAUUGAAAAUGACAAUGCAAUGCGUCUUAUCCACUACGAACCAGUCAAACAAUAAACUCAUUCCUAGUUUAUCUCCCCUCCUCCUGCCCCUAGUUAGACUCGCUCCUUUCUGUUGAACUUUUUUUUUUUUUCUCUUCCCCUUCCCAGCCUCAGAUGCUUUCUCCUUCCAUCUGUUUACUUCACUCAACCCCUCUGUGUAAAUACUCUUCUCUGCAGUGUCUUGGUUGCAACUUACUCAUUGCUUUACUAAUGUUUGUCAAUGUAUUUAUAUCAAAUAGAGGCUAAAAGACGUCAAUUGUGGCAUAGUGUUUCAAAAUGUGUAUAGCUAAAAAGAAGAUGAUUUAUGGUGACUAUAUUGAUCCGAUAUAUAGUAUGUAUAUCUAUCUAAAUUAAUGUUAUUAAUGACAAUUAUAAUGAAGUAUCAUGCCCGACUGUUAGCCUCAUUAAAGCUUUUUUACAGAACUGGAAAUGUCUUAAUAGAGGCUGUAGCUCUCAAGGGUUGUACUUUAUUCACUGUACAAUAAAUUCAAGGUUUUCUCAUA